CGUUGUUUAUUUACAACCAGUGAACUUCCUGUCUUGGGCUAGCUUUGUCAGUGUAAGCUAACAGAUUAAAUUUAGUUCGUUCUCAAGAUGGGAUGCGACGGUGGAACGAUUCCCAAAAGACACGAGUUGGUCAAAGGACCUAAAAAAGUCGAGAAGGUUGACAAAAAUGCUGAACUAGCUGCCAAAUGGAAGUACUGUGCUUUGAGCCAGGAGAAACUCAGACGCCCCAUUGUGGCCUGUGAGCUGGGCAGACUUUACAACAAAGACGCUAUUAUUGAAUACCUUCUGGAUAAGUCUGCUGAGAGACCCAAUGCUGAGGCAGUGGUACACAUUCGUGGGAUCAAGGAUGUAAAGGAGCUUAACCUGACUGAUAACCCUGAAUGGGAGGGAGAGAGAAGGAAUACAAAAGGAGACAGAUAUGAAGACAUCCAUUGUGGCAUGUUCAUUUGCCCUGUUGUUGGACUGGAGAUGAAUGGGAAACACAGGUUCUGUUACUUGCAGACCUGUGGAUGUGUGUUUUCAGACAGGGCCCUGAAGGAGGUCAAGACAGAAAUCUGUCACAAGUGUGGGGAUCCUUUUAAAGAUGACAACAUUGUUGUCCUCAAUGGGACGAAGGAGGAGGUGGAGAAACUGAGGGAGAAGAUGGAGGAGAGGCGAGCUAAAGCAAAAACUAAGAAAUCAAAGAAGAGCAAAGCAGCUGAAACCGUGUCAACUCCAGCAGAAUCAAAAGACAAUGCACAGUCUCCCCCAGUGGAUGUAGCCGGAAGAAGUUUACUACAAAAUGACGGUGAAAGCAACCAGACAGCUGUAGCCGGACCCUCAGGAUCUUCCACCUCUAAGGGCACAAAGUCCUCAACAGCCUCCACCACCAAGAGGUCCAUCCAGAAUAUGGGGGAAAAGUCCGAGGCUUUUAAGUCUCUGUUCACCACACACAGCUCUGCCAAACGCUCUAAAGACCAGACAUCCAACUGGGUCACCCACACCCCAUACCACUUCUAGUAGCUGUUGCUCAUAACAAACAUGGGCAUCUUUCUCCAGAAAUGGAGAAACCAUUUAAAGGUCUAUCACCCUCUUCUGUAACACCCCCCACCCCCCCCCACUUGACCUUUUAAUCAGGCCACUGACGAGUGGACUCGCUCCCAGCUUGCCUCUUUAGUCCCCAGCAGCUCAGUGUUUACAUGUUGUGAACAUUUUGUUAACAGCUCCCUGAGCGUUUCUGACUCUGUUUUGUAACCUAAUGCCUCCCACAUGUAUUCCCCCACACAUGCUCUCAGCUGCAAUUGAUGGUGGAGUGACUUCAUCAUCUCUGUCACUCUGCUGGCUCCUAGUGGCCAGAGCUCAGCUCUUUAAUGUGAUGGCUGCAUUUAAAAAUGGAGCUCAGUAAUUGCAUAUGAAUAAACAUAACUCAAAACACAACCCCACCCCCAAGUUUAGCAGAGUACUUCCACUUGUCCUAGUCUCUUUUGUAAUUUUUAUCUUUUCAUUUAAAGUCCACAACUGCAUAAAGAACGAAGUGUCUAGAAGAGCUGUGUGAAUAAUUGAAGUGCUUACAGAAAAUCUUCAAUGUGACUAAACAAUAGGAAACUAUUUAGCUCAGUUAUUUUAUUCAGUUUUAAGCAUCGCAAGCUUUUUAUUAUUUUAUCUUUUUGGCUCAAUGAAUCCCCUUUGUAUUUUUCUUGGAAAUUUUUUGUGUUGAAGACGUUGAUGUGAAAGAAACAGUCUGAAGACACUCUUCUCCAGGCACAAAUGUAAAGAUGUCUGCAAUUUAAAGGCAAAUAAAAAAAAAUCUUUUUCCUUUUCCUAA